UCACGUUGGUCAUAGAAUACUACGAGCCGUAGCAUUUAAAACUCUAUAAAGAAGAUAAGAUCAAUUCAAAAUGGAGGCCGUUUUUCGCUCUCAUUUUGACCCACUUCUCACUUCUCUAAUAUCUUGAUUCCCUAUCAUCUCAGCCUUACCUCAAUCUCUGAGGAUAUACUCCGGCUAUGUCAAGUGAUCAUAUAGCUGAGAGUGAUCAUCCAACCUCGGUUACGCCGUCAAUGGGUCGGGAUGCUAAGGAGAAAGAUGAAACCGUCGUAUCAGCAGCAUCCGCCAGCGUUAAUGAGGAAAAUUCAUCGGGUAUUGCCAAUGACGAGCGUCCCAAUGGAAAUGAUAUACCUUUGAAAUGGAAAUUGGCUUCGAUUCUCUUGGUUUCAAUGAUUGGCUUUGGCUCACAUUGGAGUUCUGGCAUAACAGGAGCGAUGAAGUCAACAAUUAAGAAGGAGAUGAAAAUCAACAACAAGCAAUAUGCUUUAUUAAGUUCCAGUCAAGAUUUUAUGGUUACAGCUUUAAUGCUGGUGAGCGGGGUCGUUACCGAUAGAAUUGGAGGAGCGGGUACGGAAACCAAGACUUGUCGCUCUAUUUGACGACUUACUCACAACUUUCAGGGGCAAUCUUUUACGGCAACAUCAUCUUUACCAUUGGAUCAGUUCUCAUCGCCGGAGCUGCACAAACUAGAAAUUAUCAAUUUAUGAUUGGUGGUACAAUUGUUCAAGCAUUCGGAGAUAUAGCCACUCAAGUUGCACAGUAUGUAGAAGUUCUCAUUCGAUCAAUGAAAAUCUCUAACAUGUAUAUCAAGAUAUAAAGUCUUUUCCUCAUGGUUUGCGCCUAAUCAUGGAUUCGCUUCGACUCUUGCACUUGAAUUAGGAAUUGGUAAAAUCGGUGCAUUUGUUGGUAAAUCCUCGGCCAAUAUUAUUUCUCAAAACACGGGCAAUUUCGCAAAUGUAUAUUGGGUCUCAGUAGCCAUGAAUCUCUUCUGUAAUUUUAUGACUCUGGGCUUUUACAUCUUCACUCGUUAUGCCAAUAAGAAGUUUCCAUCUACGGCCGAUCCAGCUACUGGUGAAAAGCUCACAGAAGGCAACAAAAGUUUUGAAUUGCGUAAAGUUCUUGAAUUACCUUGGACGUUUUGGGUGGUUUUGUCCUUUUCGCUGUUUGAGACUUCGGUUGCUAAUAUUUUUACUAAUAAUGCUACGGAGAUGGCUGAGCAGAGAUUAGGUGUAUCAUCCGUACGAGCCGGGUGGUACACAGCUGCUGUUCAAUAUGGCGGUAAGGAGCUUAAAAUACUCAGAACUAGUAAAACGAACGAUACUAAUGAUUUAAGGAUUCUUCUUCGUUCCUCUCAUUGGAAUAUUUGUCGAUAUAUGGGGAAACAGAAUCACCCUUUGUAAGCACGAUCUCCCCCCUUGCUCCUAAACCUCACGCUUACACGCUCAGUUGCCGUCAUGGGACUCUCCGUCUUAACAUCAAUGAGCGUUGUAAACUGGGCUCCUUCCAUCCACGGUACCGAUGCCGCCUUCGGAAUUUACGCAUUUGCGUAUUGCUUCGGACCAACUUUAAUCGUUGAUAGCAUUCGAACAUCAAUGUGGCAUCAAUCCGUCUUCGGUUCCGCAGUCGCUCUCAAACUCACCCUGAAUAACGCGUAAGUCCCUUCUCUUCAUCCAUCCAUCUCAACCCUCCUCCUCAAACCCCCCCACUAACAAAACCCCCAAAAAACAGCAUGAGCAUCAUCGUCAACAUAGUAGCCGGCGUAAUCCAAGACGCCGACCACAACUCCUACAACAAAGUAACAAAUCUGUAUGUCGCUCUUGCAGCAGGGGCCGCCGUCAUCGCCCUCCUCAUGGUCCUCCUCUCCUAUUUCUGCAUCGAUUUUCGCAUCCUCCAGUAUACGCGUGAGCAACGCGUGGCAAAUGGUCAGCUGAUCAAUGACCGCAAGGAACGUUUUCAUAAUAUGAAUGGAGGGAGGAAUCGCAAGGUUUCUAUGUGGUGUUUUGCGGGUUUGGUGGUUUUGGUUGCGGGCUCUUGGUGUGCUUAUUUUUGGGGUGUGGUGACCGGUCAUAAUAAUGGGUAGGGGGGUGUUUUGCCUGGUAUUCCUGGGGUGCGUGCGGUUGCGUGUUUCGAUGGUUGGUUUGAUGUGUCAUCGGAUGAUGUGGGAUGUGAGAUGAUGAUGAUGAUGAUGAUGAUGAGAUGAUAUAUUGUAUAUAAACCCGAAGAAAUCGCUGUUGUUUAUAUAUACACACAAAAAAUCUGGGCUAGGGAGUCGGUAAAUUAACGAAAAUGGGGUAUGAUAUCUGAUAUCGACUUUUGGAGAUGCUCUUAUUAUAUAGCUCUCAAAUCAAUAGUAUAGUAUAGAAUAGAACAGAAUGUACAUAGU